AUGCGCCGCACCUGUAUCUUCGGCGGCCGCAGCCAUCCAGAGCUGACCGAUUUCAUCUGUGAGAAGCUCGGCAGGAAGCCCGACAAGGUCGAGCUCAGAAAGUUCGCCAAUGGAGAGACCAGUGUCGAGAUCAAGACAUCGGUGCGCGACCAGGAUGUCUUUAUCGUCCAGAGUGGUUCCAACAAGACCAACGACGAUGUCAUGGAACUGCUCAUUAUGAUUGCUGCUUGCAAGGGAGGCUCGUCCAAGUCUGUCACAGCAAUCAUGCCCUACNCCUACUCGCGUCAGUCCAAGAAGAAGAGCCACCGUGGAGCCAUCACCGCCCGCAUGAUUGCCAACUUGAUGCAUGUUGCUGGUGUCAACCAUGUUAUUACCAUUGAUCUCCACGCCAGCCAGAUGCAGGGUUUCUUCAAGUGCCCCGUCGACAAUCUGGUUGCCGAGCCUCUGCUUGCUCGCUGGAUCCGCAGCACCGUUCAGAACUGGAAGGAGGGUGUCGUUGUGAGCAAGAACCCUGGUGGUACCAAGCGUGUGACCUCGCUGGCCGAUGCCUUGAAGCUGAGCUUCGGCAUUGUCACGACCGACAGAAGACGCCCCAACAUGGGUCAGAGCAUGUACAACAGCGUCAUCUACGAAUCCGCAACUGGCGAAAACAUGCCCCCAAUCGAAGUCCAGUCUGCCGCGACUGAAGAAGUCGAAGCCGAACAACACAUCGACCUCGAUCACGCUCCCCCGAUCGAGCACGACUUUGCUCCCCAGUCGGGCUCCAGCAAGCCUUCAGAAUACGCCAACUCCGAAGCUCGCCCUGACAAUUUCUCCCGCCGUCCCGCAAAGCAGCGUUCUGUCACUUCAUUCAGCAGCAGGCUGUUAGGUGCCCCUGCUCUCCCUAGCCCCUUGGCUCAAUUCUCACGUCCCGACUCGUCAGACGGUCUCAACAAGGAGGAGGAACAGGAAGAUCAGAAUGCCUCGCCCAACAAACCCAGCCGUCCUAGCUUUGGUCUUGACGGCCCCCCUAAGAUGCACCGCAUGUCCACCGCUCUCGGCACUGUACAGCCUCCUGCCGAACCCAGCACCGACAACGAAGACGAGGAGGAUGGAGACGAAUACACAGAUGAGCGUGCCCGCAACGUUAUUACCGGACGCCUGAUUCACGGUCAUCUUGUCGACGAUGACUUCCCAUCUCCAGUCAUUUCCGCUAUGUCACAAUCCACUCCUGGCCUUUACCCCAUGAAGAGCGCCGGCUCUGAUGACGAAGAGAUUCCUGACCACAUGGUCAACUCCUUCAUGUCCAACACAUCAUCUCGCCGCCCUGACUUCGGUCUUGGUGGCACCGGCGACGCUACAGCAUCCGACGACGAAGAGGAAGAAGCCCUUCAAGACCCCGAGCUCGAGACCACAAUCACGCUUGUCGGCAACGUGCGCAACCGUCCCGUCUUCAUCGUCGACGACAUCAUCGACAAGGCUGGUUCUUGGAUUGCUGCAGCCGAGACCGUCGUCAAGAGAGGUGGCGCUACAAAGGUCUACUGCAUGGCUACCCACGGUCUUUUCGGUGGUGACUGCCUCCGCGAGAUGGAUGAGUGCGAGGAAAUCGACGCCAUCGUAGUCACCAAUGCCUUCCCUAUCCCCGAGGAGAAGCGCAAGGGCAUUCGCAAGCUGGUCAUUCUGGACGUGAGCACCUUGCUCGCCGAGUCCAUCCGCCGCAACCACCACGGUGAGAGCAUCAGUCAACUCUUCAUGCAUCACGAUUGA